AUGUCUAGAUCAGAAAUACCAGAAGCAGCACAUAGAGAUCCCCUUGCUGAUGGGAGUACUCAACCUAGAUUUCAGCUAUCACCAGACAAGACCUCUCCAGACGAUCACAUUCAACAUAAGAAGGCUCAGGCAGAUGAUUCACCCUCAUUGGCUGCUAAGCAAGUGGAAAUACAUGUCCGUAAUAAGGCCAACAAUACCUUCGAGGGCUCUGCUGCUGAUGAGAUUAUGGAGCCUCAAAUGGCUGACCAUUUUCCUUUCAUGGAAAAACAUGAUCUAGGUGAAGCAACUGAUGCAUCAAGUGAACUAGCAAAUGAUCCCCCAAUUCAGCUACUAGGACGAAUUACAACAGUGAAGGAAUUGCUUGCAACCGGGCUUUUUCAAAAUGAAGAGAUCAUAUAUACUCAGAAGUCUGGAGAAAGGAAAAAAUUGGAAGGGAGAAUUGAUGGUUUAUUUUACCGUUGCUCUUGUCACAAUGUGGUCAUGUCCGCGUCAAAGUUUGAGAAACAUGCGGGCUGUACCUCUCAUAACCAAAACGAUCGUAUCAUGUUGUGGGGUGAGCAAUCGCUGCAUGCCAUCGUUGCCUAUCUCAAAUCUCUUGGUUCAGCUGAAGAACAACUUGCAGCAAUAUUGGAAAUGAAGAAAAAGAAUGAAGACAGGAAGGCCUCACGAGACCAAGGUUAGGUGAUUGUUCUGUAGCCCGGUGCUCUUUGUAAGGAUCUUCCUGUUGGUGCUCGAAGGCGAAGUGAAGACUGUUCUGCGCUUGGACGGCCGGAUGGAGAAACCGAACCGUCAGAGGGAGGAGGCUGCCUGUGAUACACUGAUACAGUGCAAAAAACAUGUGUACACGUUUGUUCCUAACUGUAUCUGUAGUUGCAAACAUUGCCCAUCGUGUAAUGUUGUCAGGUCGUUGACACGUUACGACUAUAUCUUGUUGUACGUCAACCAAACACAAUGCAU